CAUGGAAUAACCAAAUUAUAAAAGUGUUGCAGAAUACUAAGCACACCUUUACCAAAAGAAUGUUGCUUAUCAGAUUGAAUAAUUCCUUUGCCAAAAAUUAGGUUAGGAAGCAGAAUUGAAUCUGUAAUGCACUUUUUCAAGAAUACCUGUAACAAUUCCUAUACGACAUCAAAAUGUGGCCAGUAUCAAAUGCAUAUUUGAACUAGAAUUAUGGCUUCAAUUUUUUGAAAGCAAGCUGAAGUAAGUAUUAUAGAAUUAUUUUACAAGAAAUUAAAAUAAUUUCAGUUGUCCAGGAUGCAAAUAAUAUGUGUACUUUUAAGAUUUCGGGAUAGACUUCACUUUAUAUCAUAUAUUAACAGCAAAAAAGAAAUUAGAAUAAGGAGGUUAAAAAUUAUUAUCAGAAAAAGUAAUCUAUACAUUCAAUAAUGGAAAAACAACAUAUUAUGCAAUAUCAAAAUUAGACAAAUAAACAAAAAUUAAAAUUCCUGGAUCAUCCCCUAUUAUUAGAUUGCCUAUCCUAAAAAAUAGUCUAAAAGUUCAAGAUCUGAAUCCAGGAUAAUAACGAAUUCAUGAAUAAAUUAAUUAUACUAUUUCUUAAAUAUAACAAUAUAUAACUUAGAGAUUGUUUUAAGGUAAGUAGCAAGGAUAAUAAAUAAAUUAGAUGAAGUAGGCUUUAAGAGGGAAAUUAGAUUAAUUAAAAUAAACAUUUAGAUAAUCUCAAAAUCUAAUAGAAUUGGGAGUUAAAUCUCUGGAAACCCAAUUUAUUUUUGGAUUAAAGAAACUACAAAAGGAUGGAAAGAAUGUAGGGAGUGUGGUAUGAAUUAAUUAAUAAAUAAAGCUUAUUGUAUAUUAUCCACAUCUAGGAAUAUGGGCAGAUUAUGAAAUAAAGACAACUCCAGAAAAACAUUUCUAAUUUGAAUAUUAAUUAUAUGUAAAAGAAUAAGGUUUAGAAAAAGAGAAUAUUAUUUAUAUAAUAGGAGGUAGAGUUUAAAAUUUGGUACCAACAAAUUAAUUUGUAAGAAUUAGAUUUCCUAAAGAUCCUUUUUCUUAAGAUUAAUAAGCUUCUAUUGAUUAUCUUCCUAAUUUACCAAAUGCAGGAUUUAAUUAUUUAGGAGGUUGUUAUAAUAAGUAAUAUAUUAUAUAAAAAUAUAUUAGUAAUGUUUAUAUCUUUUGUGGUUAAAGUAGAACACCAGAUUAAUCAGGAAUUAUAAUUGAUAAAAUAUUUAAUGUUGGAUAUGUAUUUAAAAAUGGUUAAUGGAAUUAAUUAAAUUAGAAGGUUGAAAAAAGAUAUGAUGGUAGUUGUACAAUAAUUAAUCAUUAAAAAUAUGAUAAAUGCUUACUCUUAUAUGGAGGAGCUGAAUAAUUACCUGAUGGUAGAAUGGGAUAUAACAUUAAAGAACAAUAACAUAUAGUUUAAGUGUUUUAAUUUAAAUAAGAAAAAUUCAUAGGAAAUGGAUUCAAAUUGAAAUUCUCAGAUAAUAAUUAAGACUCGUAUUAAAAAUCAAUGCUCUCAAGUCCAGUAUUUUCUGUACCAUUUGGUGCUCAUAGUGAAUUAUUAAUUGCAGGAGAUUUUUUGAAAAAGAAUUGGAAAGAAAAAAGAGAAGUAUAUAUCUUUGAUUGGGAAGAUGGAACAAUAAAAAUAAAUUUAUUGUAAACAUAGGCUCUUGAAUAAUAAUUGCUUUCCCAUAUUAAAAGAAAUUAUAAUUAUUCGGGUGCUGAAUUUCUAUAACCUAUUUAAGAUUUUGAAGGUGCCUUCUUAUUUGGAAAUUAUUUUACAAUUCAUUAAGAAGAGACAUAUAUAGAUUAAAAGACAACAAUCUAAAAUUUUUAGUUAUUUGAAUAUAAAGUAGCUAAUGGAUAAGGUAUAUAAUUAUUUUUAACUAUUUUAGUAACCACUAGACCAUAUAUGUAAAGAGAUGUUUCAAUAUAAUUAGCAAUUGAAGCUUUAUAAAAAUUAGCAAAUUAAGAAAACAAAAAAUUAUGA